UUCACUUAUUAUUUUUGUUAUCUCUCUCUCUCUCCACUCUCUUUCUCUCUCUGGAUUUUGAGCUGAAAACCAAACAAGCAGCCACAAGCAUGAGAUCUCCGCAGAGACUGCAAUGGAAGUAAGGAACUCUCUGAAACACAACUUCUAGGGUUUUCUGAAAUUCCACCCACCUAGUUUUCUAGCUGUAUACAAAGUUUGCCAUUUUUGCUCCAAUUUAUAUCAACCUUUUUCUUGUUUUAUAUUCAUUUUUAUUAUAUAUAUAAAGGUAAAAUUCAAUAUAUAUUUUAAUAAAAAGCAAUAAUAUUUGAAAUAAAUAAACUUUUAAAAAACAAAAAAUAACAGUAAAACAGUGAAAAAAGGCAAUUGCCACACGCAAGAGGCUAGCUUUAUGAAACAAAUAAUCAGUGGGAUAAAUAUGGAGCUUAAAGAUGCAAACUUUGUGCACCCACUUUGUUGCUCUGGGUAAGCAAGUUCCUAUGUGUUGCUCAAGUUUUGAUCUUUGAGCUCCUCCUCCAAUGGGGUUUUGUCGAUUUCGGGUAGAUUUGUGUUAAUUGUCUUGACGCUCCGUUGGCGUAGAAAUUGGUGCAAAAUUUCGCUUUCAUAGGUGAUAACGUCUGCUUAGUUUUGGGAAGUUGGUGCGACUUGUUUGGUUGUUUUGUUGGUGAUUUUCCCGGAAAGUGAAAGGGAAAUGUGGGUGGAAAUUUGAGUGAGGAGUGAGGAAGGAAAAAUAGUCACUCACCUGUGAAGUAAAGUAAGGUAAGACUGCGUACGAUAGACGACAUCUCCGAUCCUCGCAAAGCAGGAGCCUUGUUGGCUUGGGGUCACCUGAGAAAAUGCCGGAAGGGCGGAGGAGGAGGGGAGGGAUCCAGUUUAGCAAACUGUACUCGUUUUCGUGUUUCCGCUCUCCUCUCCCUGAAAGUCAUCCCCAAAUCGGUGAAAGAGGGUACUCGAGGGUGGUGCAUUGCAAUGAUCCGGAUCAUCUGGAGGCACUUGAGUUGAGAUACAGGGGAAAUUAUGUUUCGACUACCAAGUACACGGCGGCGAACUUCAUUCCGAAGUCUUUGUUUGAGCAGUUUAGGAGGGUUGCAAAUAUAUAUUUUCUUGUUGUAGCUUGUGUUUCGUUCAGUCCGUUGGCCCCCUUUAGAGCUGUUAGUGUAGCUGUGCCGUUGAUAGUGGUGAUCGGAGCUACUAUGGCUAAGGAAGCCGUUGAAGAUUGGCGGCGAAGAAAGCAGGAUAUUGAGGCAAACAGUCGAAAGGUUAGAGUUUAUGGUAGGAAUUGUACAUUCUACAAGACCAGAUGGAAGAAACUCCGGGUUGGUGAUGUUGUGAAGGUGCACAAGGAUGAGUACUUUCCUGCGGAUCUGCUUUUGCUUUCGUCAAGCUAUGAGGAUGGGAUUUGCUAUGUUGAUACCAUGAACCUUGAUGGAGAAACUAAUUUAAAAUUGAAGCAUGCAUUGGAGGUGACAUCCCAUCUUCAAGAUGAAGAUUCCUUGGAAAAAUUUAAAGCGGUGAUCAAGUGUGAGGACCCAAAUGAAAAUCUGUAUUCAUUUGUUGGGACAUUGGUCUAUGAUGGAAAGCCUUACUCACUUUCCUUACAACAGAUGCUCUUAAGAGAUUCUAAGCUGAAAAACACUGAAUAUGUCUAUGGUGUCGUCGUCUUUACUGGUCAUGACACAAAAGUGAUGCAGAAUGCAACAGAUCCUCCUUCAAAGAGAAGUAAAAUCGAGAGGAAAAUGGAUAAGAUAAUCUACGUUCUUUUCAGUUCUCUGGUCGUGAUAGCCUUUACUGGAUCUCUCUUUUUUGGAAUCAACACUAGAUGGGAUAUAAGUGGUGGAAAUAUAAGAAGGUGGUAUCUUCGUCCAGAUCAUUCAACCGUGUUUUAUGACCCCAAAAGACCAGCACUUGCGGCUUUUUUCCAUUUCUUGACAGCGCUUAUGUUGUAUGGAUAUUUAAUACCAAUAUCUUUAUAUGUAUCCAUUGAGAUUGUGAAGGUAUUACAGAGUAUUUUCAUUAACCAAGACCGGGAUAUGUAUUAUGAGGAAAUGGAUAGGGCGGCUCAUGCACGCACGUCUAACCUGAAUGAGGAACUUGGCCAGGUUGAUAUGAUACUUUCUGACAAAACAGGUACACUGACAUGUAAUUCCAUGGAGUUCAUUAAAUGUUCGAUAGCAGGCACUGCUUAUGGCCAUGGUGUGACAGAAGUGGAGAGGGCGCUGGCAAACAGAAAGGACGGAAUCGAUGGACUGCCUGAAACUGGUGAUAUAUUAGAUCAUGCUAGUUAUAAUGUUGACUCUGGAAAGUCAAUAAAGGGUUUCAACUUUAGAGACGUACGCAUCAUGAAUGGGCAGUGGGUCAAUGAACCUCAUUCGGAUAUCAUACAGAAAUUCCUUCGGGUUUUAGCAAUCUGUCAUACAGCCAUCCCAGUUGUGGAUAAAGCAUCAGGAGAAAUAACCUAUGAAGCUGAGUCACCAGAUGAAGCAGCUUUUGUCAUAGCUGCCAGGGAGCUUGGGUCUGAGUUUUUUGAAAGGACACAAACAAGCAUAUCAUUGCAUGAGUUGGAUUCUGAAAGUGGGAGAAAGGUUGAUAGGGAAUAUGAGCUUCUUCACGUCUUGGAGUUCAGCAGUUCUCGCAAAAGAAUGUCAGUAAUUGUAAGGAGUCCGGAAAAUAAAUUACUGCUCCUUUGCAAGGGUGCAGACAGUGCAAUUUUGGAAAGGCUUGCAAAAGAUGGGUGGCAGUUUGAGGAUCAGACCAAGGAGCACAUUCAUAGAUAUGCUGAAGCAGGUUUACGAACCUUGGUGAUUGCAUGCCGUGAGCUUGGUGUAGAAGAAUUUGAAAUAUGGGAAAAGGAGUUUGUGAAGGCCAAAGCUUCUGUCACCGAAAGUCGAGAUGUACUGGUGGACGGAGUUGCUGACAAGAUUGAAAGGGACUUAUUUCUACUUGGUGUGACAGCUGUUGAAGACAAACUGCAAACGGGGGUUCCUGAAUGUAUUAGGAAGCUUGCCCAAGCUGGGAUUAAGAUAUGGGUAUUGACGGGGGAUAAAAUGGAAACUGCAGUUAACAUUGGGUAUGCUUGCAGUCUACUUAGACAAGAUAUGAAACGGAUUGUCAUCAGUCUCGAUUCGCCUGACAUAAAUGCUUUGGAGAAACAAGGGGAUAAAGAGGCAGUUGAAAAGGCUUCUCUUGCAAGCAUAAGGAAGCAAAUUAGAGAAGGUAUUUCGCAAAUUAAUGAAGCUAAAGAAAGUUCGAACCAAGCUAAAUCGUUUGGCUUGAUAAUUGAUGGGAAGUCCUUGGAAUUUUGUCUCAAGAAGGAUGUCGAAAAAUCGUUCUUGGAGCUUGCAAUUACUUGUGCUUCUGUUAUAUGCUGCCGCUCUACGCCCAAACAGAAAGCUCUUGUUACGCGAUUGGUAAAACUCGGAACAGGUAAAAUAACACUGUCUGUUGGUGACGGUGCAAAUGACGUUGGCAUGCUUCAAGAAGCUGAUAUUGGAGUUGGCAUUAGUGGUGUUGAAGGGAUGCAGGCGGUGAUGGCAAGUGAUUUUGCAAUAGCUCAAUUUCGUUUUCUGGAGCGUCUCUUGCUUGUUCAUGGGCACUGGUGUUAUAGGCGCAUAUCAAUGAUGAUAUGCUACUUCUUCUACAAGAACCUUACAUUUGGGUUUACUCUGUUUUGGUUUGAGGCCCAUGCUUCUUUCUCUGGUCAACCUGCUUACAACGAUUGGUACAUGUCAUUCUACAAUGUCUUCUUCACAUCGCUUCCCGUAAUUGCUCUUGGCGUUUUUGAUCAGGAUGUUUCAGCACGGCUAUGCCUCAAGUAUCCCUCUUUAUAUCUAGAGGGAGUGGAGAAUAUCCUCUUCAGUUGGACCCGGAUACUUGGUUGGAUGCUUAACGGUGUUUUGAGCUCCAUAAUUAUCUUCUUCUUCACCACCAACUCCAUGAUUGGCCAAGCACUCCAAACAGACGGUAAAGUAGUAGACUAUGAAGUCCUCGGGGUCACAAUGUACUCGUGUGUAGUUUGGGUUGUCAAUUGCCAAAUGGCACUCUCCAUCAACUACUUCACUUGGAUCCAGCACUUCUUCAUCUGGGGCAGUAUCGCCUUCUGGUAUGUAUUCUUAGUGAUCUACGGCUCUGUCUCACCGAGUGUAUCCACAACCGCACACAAAGUUCUAGUUGAAGCCUGUGCUCCCAGUCCUCUGUAUUGGAUGGUCACCCUUCUCGUUACCAUGUGCACUUUGAUGCCAUAUUUCUCGUACAGGGCUUUCCAGACACGGUUCAAACCAAUGUGUCACGAUGUAAUACAACAGAAACGAUUAAAUGGCUCAGACAAGGAGACUUCCGGCGAAUUGCCUCUGAGAGUCAGUAGCAAACUGCAGCACCUGAAGCAUAGAUUGAGGGAAAGAGAGCUGUGAAGCGCGGUCCCGGUAUCGGACUUGUGUAUGUGUAAUCAGGGGAUGGUUUGGUUUUGUGAAUAUGUUGUAGAUUCAGGACUUUGUAGGUUUUAGCCGUGUAAAGCUGAUAUGUAUAUCAUCAAAUUAUCAAACAAAAAGGAAAAUCCCAGUGUGGCAAAAGCUUAAAGUGAGUGGAAUCAAAAUUAAGAGUUGAAUUUCAA